CAACAAUCCACCCAACCACAGGACUGCGUUGUAAAGCAACGCAUGCGCAAUGAGCAGUAUUGUUCAUGAAAAUCUGCCCAUGGGCGCGAUUUCGAUAGAUUUCCGAAUUCCACCGGUGUCGAGCUCUUUUCAGUGGAUCGAUUUGUCGGAGAGCUCAAGAUGCCAAAAACUAAUGAGAAGAAGGGCAAGAGUGCCAUUAACGAGGUUGUGACUCGUGAAUACACCGUAAAUCUACACAAAAGACUCCACGGAGUAGGCUUUAAAAAACGUGCGCCACGCGCUAUUAAGGAAAUCCGCAAGUUUGCUGAGAAGCAAAUGGGUACUCCUGAUGUCAGAAUUGACACAAGGUUGAACAAACAGCUCUGGUCCAAGGGAAUCAGGAAUGUACCUUUCCGUGUUCGUGUUCGUUUGAGCCGAAGGAGAAACGAUGAUGAAGAUUCGGUGAAUAAAUUGUACACCCUUGUAACAUACAUACCUGUGGCUACGUUCAAGGGACUGCAAACAGAAAACGUUGACGCAAGUCAAGACUAAUUGUUUGUAAAAUAAAUAAUUACGUCUUAAAGUUUUA